UUGUGGAAGCAGCUCCGGAGUGUGACUCACCUGGAUCCAGCAACAGGGUGGGAGGUGGUGUGCACGGUUCUGGGAGUGCCUGGCGCCCAGUGACUUUGGCACAGAGAGCCCAAUGCUCCAGCAGUCUCUGGCCAGGAGAAGGGCUCUGUGCAGAGGCAGGGAGGGCUCCGGAGGGCAUGCGGCUACCAGAGUCCUUGGGCAGACAAGCGGACCGCUGUGGAGGCAGGGAGGGUACAGGAGGGAGGACGCAGGGUUGCACAGCUCCCGCAGUUCCUGGUCAGGGCAUGGGGAGGCCUGGUGGGCUCGGGUUGCUGGUCAGGGGUCACAGCGCAGCUCUUAUGGAGGUCCGGGCGGCUUCAAGCCCAGGAGUUUGCGGUUGCAGUGAGCUGUGACACCACGGCACUCUGCCCAGGGCAACAGCCCGAGGCUCUAGUGUGCCAAAACCGGUCUCAUUCUGCCCCUGAGGAGUAAGACUGUAAGGCAGCUCAGUCCUUGCAUUUAGGCUGCUCAGUCACUAGGUUACUAGCUCCCACCCGAUCCUUGCUCUGUGACCCUGAGGGCAGAGCUUGCCGGGGCAGUUCUCUCAUAAUGGCUCCCUGUGGCCCACAGCAGAACACUAUUAGCUGUGUCUGGCUCAGCGGCUCAGUCUGGGUUCCUAGACAAUGCCCAAAGUUCUCCACACUCCUGCUCAGGCUCUCCCCAAGGCAGUUCAACUGAGUGCCAAGUCCAAAAACACCGAAACAGUUCACAGAUGUCAUGUGGCCAGUGUUUUGGACCGUGGUACGUACCUACGCUCCCUAUGUCACAUUCCCUGUGGCCUUUGUGGUCGGGGCAGUGGGCUACCACCUGGAAUGGUUUAUCAGGGGAAAGGAUCCCCAGCCUGUGGAAGAGGAAAAGAGCAUCUCGGAGCGCCGGGAGGAUCGGAAGCUGGAUGAGCUGCUAGGCAAGGACCACACCCAGGUGGUGAGCCUUAAAGACAAGCUGGAAUUUGCCCCUAAAGCUGUCCUGAAUAGAAACCGCCCGGAGAAGAAUUAAUGGAGGACACAGGUCUUUAUGGCCCUACUGUGGGCCCUGACUGGUCCUGGCACCAUGUCGACUUGGCUCCAGAACCCACAUCUGAUUUGCUUUGUUUACUCCGGCCCCUCCCUCACCAUACAGCUACACGUACACUGGCUACUUCUUGGUGGCCAGGCAGACAUAGCAGCAGCUGAGGGGCCAGUGAAGAGGAAGGCAUUUGAGGGUUCUGGCCAAAAGACUGUAUCUGUUAAUGUGGUAGCCGCGACUGCUCAGGCAUUCCAGCUUCUGGGUAUACUUCUGGGAUGAAUGUUAUGAAAUGAACAUUGGCUGCCAGGCUCCGUGGAGAGGUGGUUUGGCCUCAAGUGGGAAUGGCUUUUCAGGUGUUGCUUUUGGGAGGGAUACCUACAUGUCCUGUUCCAGUUUGCACUGGGAAGAAUUCAGAAAUCUGUGUGCCUCCCUUCAUGAGUUUGCCCUGUCGUUUGUGUUCAUUCUUGCUGAAAUUUUGUCUUGUCAGCUCAGGAAUGGGAUUCUAUGGGGGAAGGAAAGCAUUUUUCUGUUCUUCCAAAGGAAGCCCAGGCUGCUCACUUUGGGGGAGGGAGGAACAUGUACCUGGUGAAUUUGCUUGAAAACAAUCACCAUCAUCCACCCCCAUCACUGUAUAAUGCAAAACUUGAUUAAAGUGACAUCCAAGAACUGCAUGGAGUGAA